AUGAUUGGCCGGAGCAAUGUGCUUCACAGGCCACGCCGUUCGUUCCGCCGGUACAUCUGGGCCUUGAUCAUUCUCUUUGUUUUUUGCUUCUGGAAUUCUAGCACAGUCGCAUGGAGGAAAUUGGCGAAUUCAGAAGCCGGCUUGGAGCCUCUCGCUCCAAACCCAUUUCCGGAAACUGUCGAGGCGAUAAUCGAAGCAGAGUCGCCUCGCGCUGGGCGCUUUAACGUCCGCCAUUCACACCCCAACUCAGAGCGAAUCUGGAAUGCUGAAGUUCCUUACCUCAUUCCUUCGCCCCGUCCCGAUACUCGACCUCGUAACAUUCACAGCCACAAUGCUGGAUCCUCAGUAGGGGGUGGCUCUACGUUGACCACUGACGAUGACACCGAAAAUCACGAUCUAGACGGUAUUGAGAAAAUCGAAGAGCAUCGGAACGAAGGCAGUGUGGAACAUGCUUCAAAAUUAAACCACCCUGACGACGAUGAUGAUGCUGCUGGAUCCGAGUCUGAAGAUAUCGCAUCCAAUGAAAAUGCCCAAAUUCCGAUUAUGGACACGAAUGCUAAGGUCGAAACCAAUGAUCUAGCUCAGCCUCAGAAUAUCAACGAGAAUCCGAUACCCGUUGAGACAUUGGAAACCCAGACACCUUGGUCAGAGAAUUACAACUUUCCUAGCUGGGACCAAUGCGAAGAACUUAAAGAGAAGGCUGAAGGGCUUCCAGACCUCUACCAUGUCCCAUUUGAAGUCUCCGUCAAGGACGUGGUCCUCGAAGGUUGGGAGGAUGAAUGGAUUUCGAAGGCGCAUUACUCAGGCCCGAAGCUUGGCGAGCCCAAGAUUGACUUUGUUUAUACUUGGGUGAAUGGAUCACAGAAAGAGUUGACCGAGACUAUGAAGCCUUAUGAACUAAACUCUUCACUAAACGACGCAGAUGGAGUCUGGAUUAAAUCGCACGGCUCCAACAGAUAUCGCGAGUGGGAUGAGCUCCGUUACUCUAUGCGCAGUAUCGAGAAAUAUGCCGGUCAUUUCACGAACCGAAUCCAGAUUCUCGUCAACGCUUUCAAGAAUGCCAAGAUAGAUGAUACAUCACCAACUACGUAUGGUAAGCAAUGGCCUCACUGGUUGAGGCCUGAUAUGGAAAAAGUUCAGGUCCUUAGUCAGGAAGAGUUUUUUGGACCUGAGGAACGAAAAUGUUUGCCGAGUUUCGAUUCUCUUACUAUCGAGAACCAACUCUAUAAUACUAAGUCUGAAGUAGAUAGACUGUUUGCACUCUCCGACGACAUGAUUUUGGGCAAGCACCAUUCACCGUCCGAUAUAUAUUCCCCACUAUUCGGCCCUACUCUUGGCUUCAAAACCAAUGCAUACAACACACUACAGCCUCCUACCGAGAAAGAUGCUGAGAGAUUUGGAGAGAAGCCCUUCUUAAUUUACACGUCCUGGCUUCUGAACCGACGAUUUGGUGCUCGCAAGCGCAAGGGUCAAGUGCACUUCGGUCACUCUCUUUCUCGAAGCAUCGCGAGAGAGGCAAUCACUAGCUUCCCUAGACCGGCUUUGAGAAGUGCAUACCAACGGUUCCGAGGUGAGACUGGCUUUCAGCUCUACUCGUGGUAUAUCAUCUUCCAUUACACUAUGGAGAGACAUCGCGAGGCCCUACUUUGGAGCUACAUCAUGAUGCGAAGCGACAGCAACAAUGAUGGCUACUUGGACUGGGAUGAACGCCAGACUGUCAUAAAUGAUCUAGCAGAGGGUUUGAGCAAUGAAACCCCAGAAAUAUUCCGACGCCGGAUAUACUACCACGUCCAGGACUAUCUUGAACAAGCUGGACUCAAACCCCCAGUUGUGAACAAUGAUGUCCUCUGGACAUCUCUGGACGGACCAAUUAUGAUCAAGGAUCUGGACUGCGAUGCAUUCGAUAUGGAAGAUUGCUUGGCCCCGGGAUUUUCUAUAUCAUCCAGUGAUGCUGAAGCACGCAGCCCCGUAUUCUCUACUGCAACAAUCUUUGAUCGAGUCACACGUGAGUCGCCACGCUGUGGCGAUUGCUUGAUCAAACUGAUUCUGAACCGGCAACGAGCCGGGCUGGAGCCGCUUCUACCUCAUCCUGUUCAAAAGGCCAAGCAGCGGGAGAUGGUGAUCAAAGCACUGAUCAAAUUCCAGUACACGGUUGUCAAUCCAGAUGCAAUGUUCUAUAUGAUCACAGAUGCGGAACAAGCUGAGCAUAUUUUGCUGAGGCCAUACCUUAAACAAAACAAGAAGGCCGGUCAAAUCUGUUUGAACGAUGAUGUUGUCACUUCCAACAAGCAGGAGUUGGAACAGCUGAGGACAGUGAUGAGCGAGUUUUUCAAUGGAAUAUUACCAGACGUCUCCAGCUACGAGAUCUAG